CCCUCUUUCCUCCUCAACUUGCACCUUCCCAUUCCCUUCAUCCUCCUCGCUCUCCAAUCUCCAUAUUCCAAGACCCAUUACCCGCAGCGCUCUCUCUCCUCUCUCUCUGUUUGUCCAUUGACGCUCUGCUUCCAAAGCUCACAGAGAAAAGAAAACCCACCAAAACCCACCUCUCACAUCUUGCUGGUAUGCACUCAACUUCCCUCUAUCUGUUCCUUGUUUUGUUUGUGGGGCUUCCUUCUCUUUGAAUGGUUUUUCCUAUUGGGUUGUUGUGUUUUUGGAUUCUCGAGCUGAUUAAUCGUCCAGGGAUUUCAGCUCAAGGAUCAAAAGGGAUUCUGGCCUCUUCUUUUUUGCUUUGGGUUUUGGUUGAUUAUAUGUAAAGCAGGAUUCUGGAACUCUAUUACAUGUACAAGAACAGCAAAAAGUGACACAACUUGCAUACAACAUUAGUUACUUUGAUCUGUCGUGUUUUAGGCUGCCUAGUUCACCUGUUUUCUCAAACAAGAUUGUCUCUACUAGUCAACCUUAAGCAUUGAAAACAUAGAUUUACGCAGCUCCCAAAUACUAGUUUCUCGAUCGGUUAAGAUGGCUACAGAGCAGCUUUUUCCAGUGGUUGUGGCUCAAGAUAACUCCAUUGGACAAGAUAAAUGUUCCUUUGAAAAAUGGAAUACCGUAUCUGAUGGAGUCGCGGACUCCGACAACAAAUCCUGUGGCACCUUCGACUGCAGCAUCUGCUUAGACUCUGUGCAGGAUCCUGUGGUCACCCUCUGCGGUCACCUCUACUGCUGGCCUUGCAUAUACAAGUGGCUUCAGUUCCAAAGCCCGUCUUCCGAAAACCAAGAUGAGCAGAAACAGCCCCAGUGCCCUGUAUGCAAAGCUGAAGUCUCCGAGUCCUCUCUAGUCCCACUCUACGGCCGGGGACAAACAACCAAACCCCAAAAGCCCUCGAAAGGCAAGGCUCCUCAUCUUGGUAUAGUGAUUCCGCGAAGACCCUUUCGUCCUUGUGGGGCUGACACACCGCGAUCAGCCCGUACACCCACCAGUCAAUACGUUACUCCGCAACUUCAUCAUCGGAGUUCUCCUUACGGUUCACAACUAAACAGUCCCCUACAAGACCCAAUGAAUAGUCCUGGCGUCGCCACAACCGCGAUCAAUCCAGGAGCUGACAUGUUUGGUGAAAUGGUAUAUGCAAGGGUUUUUGGCAACUCGUUAACAAACUUGUAUACCAAUUCGAAUUCGUAUAAUCUGGCGGGGAGCGGUAGUCCGAGGGUUAGAAGGCAUGUAAUGCAGGCUGAUAAGUCGCUCAGCAGAAUAUGUUUUUUUCUCUUCUGUUGCUUUGUGCUGUGCCUUGUUUUGUUCUGAACAAAUUUUUACCUCCCUUGCCCGAUUGUACCCCUGUAAAAAUGAGUAGAAAGAUUAUAUGAAAGACGUGCGGAUUCAACCAGAUGAGUGUGUUGCUAA